AUGACUUCAACAUCAUAUCAUGGCGCCAAUCAUGGGUUCCAGUCAGUUAAUAACCAUGGCACAGUCACCGCAGAAUCUCACCUGUCCAAGCGACGAAAGAUCUCCCAUGACAGUUUGCCUACUUCCCGACAUGAUGAGUACACGAUCGCCUGGAUCUGCGCAUUACACAUAGAGAUGGCAGCAGCUCAGGCCAUGCUAGACGAUCCUCACGAAACCCUGCCUACCCCUGCGCAUGAUAGGAACACCUACGUACUCGGAAACAUCAAGCGACAUAAUGUCGUUAUUGCGUGUCUACCAGAAGGCCAGUAUGGAACAAAUAACGCAGCGACCGUCAUGGCGAACAUGAAGCGGACAUUCCCAGCUAUUCGCAUAUGUUUGAUGGUCGGGAUUGGCGGUGGCGUGCCAAGCAAGGCUGAUUUGCGUCUGGGCGACAUUGUCGUCGGAACAAGGGUGAUGCAGUAUGAUCUUGGGAAAAUCAUAGGCGAGGGCAGGUUCCAGCGAACAGCAACCCCUAGGACCCCUGACCUGUUACUGGGAACAGCUGUGUCUGCCCUCCGCUCGAAACACGAACUGGGCCCUAGUCGAAUCCCAACCAUCCUGCGGCAGAAGAUGGAGACAUACAGAGCAUACGGUCGCCCGAGUGCACCAGAUCUUCUCUUCCGAGCGACAUAUGAUCACAUAUCUUCCUCAACGACUAACUGUGAUGGAUGCGACCAUUCAAAGCUGGGGAACCAAGUCAUAAAACAUGGCGUGACUCGGGACAACGUUGCUCGAGAACUAGAUGUUAUAUGUUUUGAGAUGGAGGCUGCCGGCCUCAUGGAUAAUUUCCAUUGUCUUCCGGUCCGGGGAAUCUGUGACUACUCCGAUUCGCAUAAGAGCAAGGAGUGGCAAAGGUAUGCCGCAGCAACUGCUGCAGCAUAUGCGAGAGAACUGCUUGAGGAGAUACCUACGACCGAAACCUUUGCAAAAGGGACUAUCCCAUCUGAUUCUCCCGCACUCACUAAGACAUGUCAAUGGCUUCUCAGACACCCCGAUUACGAAACGUGGCUUGAUCCCGCAAAACUGAUCCAACAUCAUGGAUUCUUGUGGAUCAGUGGUAAGCCAGGUGCUGGCAAGUCGACAAUCAUGAAGUUCGUAUAUAAAAGUAUGAAGAGCAAGGCUCGUCAUAAGGAUGUUGUCAUUGCUUCGUUUUUCUUUAAUGCUCGAGGCGAAUACCUGGAAAAAUCAAUAUCAGGGAUGUAUCGAUCAUUGCUGCUUCAGCUGCUUGAAGGGUACCCUGACCUCCAGGCUGUUCUAGAUGACUCCGACCUAGUUCCCCAGACUCAAAAUGGUUGCCCUUCAUUGAAUGUCCUCAAGGAUCUCUUCUACAACGCAUUAUCCGCUCUCGGCGAUCGCUCUUUUACCUGUUUCAUUGAUGCUCUUGACGAGUGUGAUGAACAACAAGUUGUGGACAUGGUCCAGUACUUCGAAGAUCUGGCCGAACAGUCAACAGCUAAAGGAAUCCUAUUCCGACUCUGUUUCUCCAGUCGGCAUUACCCCUAUAUCUUCAUUCAACAGGGAAUCCGGCUGAUACUGGAGGAUCAGUCCGGUCAUGCGGAUGACCUGGCAACUUACGUCGCGAGCCGCCUCCAAGUCAAAGAUGCCAUACUUGCCCAGGGGCUGCAAUCCCAGAUCCUCGGGAAAGCUGCUGGUGUUUUUAUAUGGGUCGUCUUAGUUAUCGAUAUUCUUAACAAGGAGUAUCGACGGGGCGCCAUGUCUCUGAGAAGGCGACUCACAGAAAUACCGAGUAAUUUGAGCGAACUGUUCAAAGAUAUCCUGAGACGGGACAAUGAGAAUAUGGAAGAUCUUCGCCUUUCCAUCCUCUGGAUUCUGUACGCAAAUCGCCCUUUGCAACCACAGGAGUUCUAUCAUGCUGUCUGGUCUGGUCUAGAGCUGAAGGAUCUAGUCGAUGAUCAAAUUCCAGACGUCACCAACCCAGAUGCGAGCGACAGUCUCUACAGGUUCAGUAGAUAUGUUAUUAGCUCCUCAAAAGGCCUCGCUGAGAUCACCAAGUCCAAGCAGCCGACAGUCCAAUUCAUCCACGAAUCUGUCCGAGAUUUCCUCAUCAAGGAUAACGGACUACAAGAGUUGUGGCCCGAAUAUGGAUUUGACUGUGAGAGUCCGAGCCAUGAAACGCUUAAAAGUUGCUGCAGCUUGUACAUGGAUCGUACCUUGGUGUUGUCAGAGUCUGACUCCGAUGGCCGGACGGAAAUCUCAAAAAGAUAUCCGUUUUUGGAGUAUGCCAGUCAGCAUAUUCUCUACCAUGCCAGCGCUGCGGCGAAGGUUGUUGCUCAGGACGAUUUCCUGUCCUCUUUUCCCAUCGCUAACUGGAUCAAAAUCAACAAUAUGUUCCAGAAGUUCAUGAACCGUCGAUAUAGCCCUCAUGCAAGUCUAAUAUAUAUCCUUGCAGAAAAGGGCUUCCCCGAACUCGUCCGCACAAGGCUCAGAGAGGACCGGCAGAUUGAAGUCUUCGGAGAGAGAUACAAGUACCCGCUAUUUGCUGCUUUAGCCAAUGGUAAUAAAGACACUGCUGCGGCACUUUUGAAUUUGUCUUCAACUAUUUAUGAUGGAGUGGACAUUACAGAUGGCCUGAAUUAUAGGAAAGAUUUCAAGGAAUUUGAAGGUCGGACACCGCUAUCUUGGGCUGCCCAAGAUGGUCGGGUAGGAAUUGUCAAGCUUCUUCUUACGACGACAAUUUCUGUCAAUGACGUGGACAGAGGAAAACGAACACCACUUUCGCGGGCAUCCGAGAAGGGCCAUGAGGCGAUAGUGAGGCUUCUCAUCGACAGAGGAGCUAAUAUAAAUACCGGCGAUAGACAUGGAAAGACACCACUUCAAUGGGCCUCCGACCAGGGCCACGAGGCUGUGGUGAGGCUUCUCAUCGACGAAGGAGCUGAUGUCAAAAUUAACGAUAUAUAUGGAAUGACGCCACUUCACUGGGCCUCCGAAGGUGGCCACGAGGCUUUGGUGAGGCUUCUCAUCGACGCAGGAGCUGAUUUUAAUAGUACUCGCUCCAUGAAUGGAAAGACACCACUUCAAUGGGCCUCCGAACAUGGCCACGAGGCUGUGGUGAGGCUUCUCAUCGACGAAGGAGCCGAUGUUAAUCCUCGCGACAAGUUUGGAAGAAUACCACUUCAAUGGGCCUCCGAACGUGGCCACGAGGCCGUGGUAAGACUUCUCAUCGACGAAGGAGCAGAUGUUAAUACGCACGACCAAAAUGAAAGUACGCCCCUUCAAUGGGCGUCCGAACGUGGCCACGAGGCUGUGGUGAGGCUUCUCAUCGACGGAGGAGCUGAUUUUAAUAGUACUCGCUCUAUACAUGGAAAGACACCACUCCAAUGGGCCUCCGAACAUGGCCACGAGGCUGUGGUGAGGCUUCUCAUCGACGAAGGAGCCGAUGUUAAUACUCGCGACGAGUCUGGAAAAACACCACUUCAAUGGGCCUCCGAACGUGGCCACGAGGCCGUGGUAAGACUCCUCAUCGACAGAGGCGCAGAUGUUAAUAUUCACGACCAAAAUGAAAAAACACCUCUUCAAUGGGCGUCCGAACGUGGCCACGAGGCUGUGGCGAGGCUUCUCAUCGACGAAGGAGCUGAUUUUAAUACUUGCGACGAGUCUGGAAAAACACCACUUCAAUGGGCCUCCGAACGUGGCCACGAGGCUGUGGCGAGGCUUCUCAUUGAAAACGGGGCUUAA